CACCAAUAUCUCCAAAGAAGAACAAAGAAACAUUGGAAGGAGUCGUUGUGCGUGUGUGUAUGGUUUACUAAACCACCGAAAAUAUAAAUAAAUGUCGAUCUGUUAAAAAAAAAGAUUUGCCUUCGUAAUCUCAGAUAGUAUGACCUCAAGAAAACGCUGAAGAUUUACGAUAAAGAAAAGGUGGAAUAUUUUAUUCAUGAAUACAAUGUUUGACCUAAAGUGUGAAAGCUCGACAGAUGAUGAGGGAGGAACGGAGGAAGGGGAUCCCAGUUUAGCAGCACAAAUAUCCAGGUGUGCAAACGUCUCGUCGGCAGAUUUGGACGAACUGGAGAACAGCCGCAGCGAAGCCAGCACUGUCAAACAAACAAUAUGGGCGGUCAACUGUUUCAAAGCCUGGCUGCGUGAAAAGCAGCUCACCGUUGACUUUAAAACCGUGGAGAAAUCCGAACUGACCCCAGUGCUGCGGGAAUAUUAUGGUUCUAUACGGACAAGUAAAGGAGAGCUGUACGGUAUCAGCAGCUAUGUUGGGCUUCGGGCUGGAUUAAAUCGUUUUAUGAACGACCCUCCUAUUGGGCGUGCGUGGAAUUUAAUGCAGGACCCUGAAUUCAGGCCCGCUAAUAACGUUUUUAAGGGCAUCGUUAAACAGAUCCGACGAUCAGGUAGGAACAUAACAACACACUACCCGCCGAUCUCACCUGAAGACCAGGAAAUACUUAAACACUCUCCAGCACUAGACCCUGGUAACCCCAGAGGUUUAUUAAAUAAAGUCUGGUUUGAUAUCCAGUUACAUUUCGGACUCCGGGGCAAGGAGGGCAAUCGACACCUGCAGCCAGACUCGUUCAUGCUUAAGCGGGACGAAAACGGGUUAAAAUGUUUCACGAUGACAUUCACUGUGAUCUCAAAGAACACGCUCGAAAAAGACAAGAAAAAGAGGGGGAGCGCUAUGUAUGAAGACCCCGGCAAUCCACUCUGUCCCGUCGCCUCUUUGGAGAAAUAUCUAAGCAAAAUCCCACCGGCUGCAAAAGCGCUCUACCUGCAGCCCAAAAGGUAUGUGGUCCCUAAUGACUUCUGGUAUACAGCGGUACCUCUUGGAGUCAAUUACCUGUCUCAAAUGCUGCCCAAAAUAUGCAAAGAGGCCGGGACGCAAUCAAUCUACACUAACCACAGUCUACGGGUCACUGCGAUACGAAAGCUGUCUGAUUCGAGGGAGAUCAUGGCCGUGUGUGUGAACAGUGGUCAUAUUGAGACAAACUCUCAAUGGCAGCAGGAAUCUGCUCCUUAUUCAGCCAGCAGUGAGAUUGACUCCAGCUCUAUGACACAGGAGAGUCCCGUCAGCAGCAACAGCUGGAUGAAACAGGAACCAGAAAACGAAAUAAUCGAGUGGGAAAAUAUAAACACUGAAGCUCCCGCUGAAGCCGAGCAGGAAAACAUGUUGAGCAGUGCGAGCAACGCCAUCCCUGCAGCAGCAACCUCGAUAGAGGGUUUACCCCCCAGUGUGAUGCUGACCAUCACCAAACUUCAGUGCCUUGUGGAGAGCAAACAGGAGAAGAUUGAUGCACUGGAGAAACAGGUGCAGGACCUGCAGGAAGAUCGCAGGUUCCUUCGCUCGCAGAUCGAGAACCUCACCAGUGCUCGGGUGGUUCAGUUCCCAGAAGUUCCUACAGCGAGCACAUCUGUGUUCUUAGAACCCAGGUCACAUAAGAGACAUCAGAAAACUAUGUCUAACCAAUAUGACAGUGAUGAGAGCUUUGAUGGGUCCAUUAGCACCGAUUCAUCUGAGGAGUUGAACAGUAUCAAGAAGAAAAGACAUAACAAGAAAAAACAAAAGAGAGGAUGUGUACAGUAUGACUAGGUAUCUCAGCUUUCAACAAGAGGAGCAUGAGUGGGAGUGUCACUGAAAUUCAUAGCACCCAGGACAUUUUUAUGGGUGAGCCUAGUGCCCUGGCUAAUGAGAAGGUUAUGUCAUAAAGAACCUAGUUGAGACAGCGCACCUGGUUGUCCUUCUUAUAUGACUGCACUUUAUCCGGUACGGCAUUAUCAAGAAUGCAACCAUCAACACAGAAUUGUAUCCAACACUCUUCCUCUGGUGGGACUGUAAAGAAAUGUUGGUCAGCUACAUCCAGCAGUAUCUCCACACUUGAGUUUAUGCAUCUCAAUGAGGCAGAUGAAGGCUUCUGAUGAACCUCUGCCUUGUACUGAUACAGAAGCAUGAACAUUUUCCAUGCUUGGACAUAAGACGGUGCUCUGAUUAAACAUAUGAAGGGGCAGGACUGUUUGUGCAUGUCUGGUCCUGGAAAGAAAUAUAGAAAAUAAUUGGUGAUAUAAAACAUGCUUGUUGAUAUGUUUUUGAUGUAUUCUGUUAUGCUUAGAGUUUUAUCCAAUGAUUUACCAUGCACACUUUUCUUAUCAUAAAAGUGAUCUUUGUAAUAAAUUCACAGAUCUUUUCAAACUUAACAUAUUAUUUUGAGUGUGGUGUAACGAAACGCAGACAAAGUGAAUUUUGGGCAUGUUUUUUUUAUUCUCAUACAUACAAUCACUAACAAGGAUGUACUUUAUCAAAUCUUGUGUAUACUUUUUAUGACUUUAUUGCUCAGAAUACUAAUUUUAGUGAUUAUCUGUUAUGUAUAAAUUUCUUUGAUAUGGUUCUUAGUCAUUUUUCCAUAAAUUGCACAAAAUAUGUUUGUAAACCUAAUCAGUACCCCUCCCAUAAAUGUAACUGAAAUGUAAAUAUUGUUUUGUAUGUAUAUUAUAGAUGUUUUCUGAUUUCCACCAUCUACUGUUGUCCUGUUUCUCUUUUCCUUUACUUCUUUUUAAGCUGCUUGUUUUUUGGCCUAAAGAUUUUCUUUGUUAGUGAAUAGGGGAGAGUGGGGUGAUUUGUGCCAGGGGGGAAGUUGUUCCACCCAUUUUUCUGGAAAACCAUAGAAGAAAUUGGUCAUGUGACCACAUAAUUUUGAAAAGCCAUCAAUUUUACUUAUCCUCAAAAAGAGAGACACAUGGCAUGAGAGGUAAGCACAUUUUAGCUCCAAAAACUGUUUUUUCCUUUCAAAGUAAAAUUUCUAUGAUUAAGGUUUUUUUAUUGUAGUUUCUAAACAAUUAUAGAUAUGUUUGAAAAUAUUUCACACGUUUUAAUGCUUUAGCAGGAUACACAAUGAGUCUAUACAGUUAGCAUAAUGUUAGCUCUUAACUGCUGGAUCAUGCUAAUUGAUCAAACUUGUAGGUCUGGGGUGAGUUGUGCCAAGGGGCCUGGGUUAAGUUGUGCCAGAGGUGAUAUGCUCAAGAAACUACCCACACCCCAAAAACUUGGUGGUACAGCCAAAAGACAGCAUAAGUUUAUAUUCCCCUGCAGUAUUUACAAGUGGGAUGUUAAAUAGAAGGCCAGAUCCAGACCACCUAGACCUACAUAAUCACAGGGGAUAAUCUGGAGAAGUGAGGAGAUGGACAUGCCUCAUUAGUGUUUGACUAAGGCCCACCUGCCAUUUGUUUCAUUUAGUUAACAUUGAUUUCAGUUUUGAGUUUGCACUAUGUUAUUAAAGAGAAGUUUUAUUAAGUUUUUAAGUGGCCAAGUCACAAUAGGAUGUUUAGAAGUUAGUCUAUUCACUUUAUUCUUAUAUACUACAUAAGUGACAGACAUCGUUCUGUGUAUGUCAACAGUCAUCUAUUGCCAAAGCCAUUUUGCCUGAAAUUAUUCAGAAAUAUCAUAUAUUGUGUAUUUAAGUUGUGUUUUUCCACAAACUACAAAAUAUGACUUAUUCCAACAGUUUAAUAGAGUGACAAUAUCUAAAUAAACCUUAGAUUUGUAAUUGUGUAUUGAAUUGGUCUUACUUUAAUAUAGCAUUACAGUUCAUAACAUUAAAAUGUUCUGUUUUACUUCAGAAAUCACCUGCACAAUUUACCCCACUUAACUUAUUUUCCCUAAAGGCACAACUUACCCCACACCAGGGGCAAGUUGUGCCACAAGACCACUUUUUCCCCAAAAGCAAUAUUUCUGAAACAAUUUAUUUCAGAUCCAAAGUUAUUGUUCUCAGGGAUGCACAACAUCCUGAAAUAUAUGUACAUCCUUAAGUUGAAGGCAUUACUGUCAUGGCCUGACUUUAAAGUCACUUUGAGUACAAACUGGCACAACUCAACCCACU